AUGGGGAACCGGGUCGGGGGGCGGCGGCGGCGGUCGCCGGUGGACGAGCGCUACACGGCGCCGCAGGGGCUCUACCCGCACCCGGACAUCGACCUCAAGAAGCUGCGCCGCCUCAUCCUCGAGGCCAAGCUCGCGCCCUGCCACCCGGGCGCCGACGACCCCAGGCCAGACCUCGACGAGUGCCCAAUCUGCUUCCUGUUUUAUCCAAGCCUCAACCGCUCCAAGUGCUGCGCCAAGGGGAUUUGCACCGAGUGCUUCCUCCAGAUGAAGUCUCCCACCUCCUGCCGGCCAACACAGUGUCCGUACUGCAAGAUGCUGAAUUACGCCGUGGAGUACCGCGGCGUCAAGACCAAGGAGGAGAAGGGCGUCGAGCAGAUUGAGGAGCAGAGGGUGAUUGAGGCGCAGAUCAGGAUGCGGCAUCAGGAGCUCCAGGACGACGCUGAGCGGCUCAAGAACAAGCAGGUUGCUGCUUCGACCGAUGAAGUAACAAUCGCACAAGUCGAACCUUGUGAUACUGGUGGCACAUCCACCCCAGCUGCAAGCGGUGCCCAAGGCAAUGAUGCCGUCUCAGGUCAAGUACAGCAUUCGGAGCUGCUAUUGAAGAAUGCUGAACGCUUGAGGCAGUUGCGGGAUAAUAAUUUCGACAUGGAUCUUGAAGAAGUUAUGCUUAUGGAAGCGAUUUGGCUUUCUGUACAAGAUCAGGAAGCCUUAGGAAAUCCAGGGAGCAUAGGUGCCGUGCCACCAACACUUCCUCCAAGAUGCUACGAUGCAUCCGGGGCCGCUUCAGCAGAAGCAGCUCCACCCGGUGGAUUCGCCUGCGCGGUCGCGGCUCUAGCGGAGCAACAACACAUGCUUGGAGACCCUUCCAGCGCUGCCACCUGCCAAACAUCAAGACACGACAUCCUCAGCAGGUCACAAAGGUCCUUCACAGAGGACCUGAGCAUAGCCGGGAGCAGUUCCUCGGCCACCAGGGUCGAGGAACCACCAAACGGCAGAACGCCGCAGUCAAGAGACGGCGCGGACUACUCCAACAACGACGGGUGGUCGGAGGCGGCCGAGGCCAGCACCAGCUGCGCCGGCUCCGACAUCACGGUAGAGGCCGGGGCCGCCAGUUUGGCGGCUGCUGCUUCGGACGUGUCUAGCAUCGGUUCGGGCAACGUGCCCGACAGCUUUGAGGAGCAGAUGAUGCUGGCCAUGGCGCUCUCGCUGGUCGACGCCCGGGGGGUCGGAGGCUCUCCUCCAGGGCUAGCUUGGCGGUAG